CCUUCCCACGCAUGCGCACAGCGCCGCCCUGCUCAGGCUGGUGGGCGAGGCCCCAAACGUUUCCGGGCUAGGCGGUGGGCGCCGGCACCAUGUCCUGCUCGCUGCUCCCCUUCUGCCGCUUCCAGGACCUGGCGGCGGCUCGGGACUUCCUGUGCCCGCAUCUCCGCCCGGGUGGCGCCGCGGCCGGCAGGGAGAGCGUAGAUAAAUCACCAAACUGGGAAGAUGACGGCUGGGGAGCCUGGGAUGAAACAGAAACACAAGAACCUGAAGAAGAAGAAGAAUCCGCUUGCAAGACACAGACAAGUUACUGGCUUCAAGACUGUGUGUUAUCCUUGUCACCAGCAAAUGAUCUGAUGGUAAUAGCUCGUGAGCAGAAAGCUGUUUUUUUAGUGCCAAAAUGGAAAUACAGCGACAAGGGGAAGGAGGAAAUGCAAUAUGCUGUUGGUUGGAGUGGCUCUCUGAAUGUUGAAGAAGGUGAAUGUGUAAGUAGUGCAUUGUGCAUUCCACUGGCAAGCCAAAAGAGGAGCUCCACAGGCCGUCCUGACUGGACCUGCAUCGUGGUAGGUUUUACCUCUGGCUACGUCCGUUUCUACACUGAGACUGGAGUCCUACUUCUUGCACAGCUCUUAAAUGAAGAUCCUGUCCUGCAGCUUAAAUGCAGAACCUAUGAGGUUCCAAGGCAUCCUGGGGUCACUGAACAGAAUGAAGAACUGAGUAUCCUGUAUCCAGCAGCAGUUGUGACAAUUGAUGGUUUCAGCCUCUUUCAGUCCCUUCGUGCUUGUCGUAAUCAGGUAGCAAGAGCCGCAGCAUCAGGCAAUGAGAACAUACAACCCCCACCGUUAGCCUAUAAGAAGUGGGGUUUGCAGGAUGUGGACACCAUAGUUGACCAUGCCAGUGUGGGUAUCAUGACUCUGUCUCCUUUUGAUCAAAUGAAGACUGCCUCCAAUAUAGGUGGUUAUAAUGCAGCUAUAAAGAAUAGUCCACCUACUAUGUCUCAGCACGUUACUGUAGGCUCCAAUCCUUUCACUGGUUUCUUUUAUGCCCUGGAGGGUAGCACACAGCCACUAUUGUCUCACGUUGCAUUAGCAGUCGCUAGUAAACUGACUUCAGCGUUCUUUAAUGCUGCCAGUGGUUGGCUUGGUUGGAAGAGUAAAUAUGAAGAAGAGGCUGUCCAAAAGCAGAAACCAAAAGUUGAACCUGCUACCCCUUUAGCUGUGAGGUUUGGACUUCCAGAUUCCCGGCGCCAUGGUGAAAGCAUAUGUCUGUCUCCAUGUAACACGUUGGCAGCAGUAACUGAUGACUUUGGAAGAGUUCUUUUACUGGAUGUUACACGAGGACUUGCCAUUCGCAUGUGGAAAGGAUAUCGUGAUGCACAAAUUGGUUGGAUUCAGACUGUAGAAGACCUUCAUGAAAGAGAAGCUGAAAAAAAAAUGGAUUUUUCUCCUUUUGGAAGUACUCGAAGUCCAAGUAGAGUGGCUCAAUUUCUUGUGAUCUAUGCUCCAAGAAGAGGAAUCCUGGAAGUGUGGAGCACUCAGCAAGGACCCCGGGUUGGUGCCUUUAAUGUGGGGAAACACUGUAGGUUGCUGUAUCCUGGCUAUAAAAUAAUGGGUUUAAACAAUAUGAUUAGUCAAGGUUGGCAGUCUCAGACUUACCAGAUCUGUCUUGUUGAUCCAGUGUCUGGAAGCAUAAAAACUGUUCAUGUACCUUUCCAUUUAGCACUAAGUGAUAAAAAGAGUGAACGAGCAAAAGAUAUGCAUCUAGUGAAGAAGUUAAAUGCUUUACUCAAAGCUAAAACCUCAAAUCUGGACGUGGUUGAAGCUGAAGCAAAGGAAUUAAUUCUUGAUAUUAAAUACCCUGCUACAAAAAAACAGGCUUUGGAGAGCGUAUUGGCAAGUGAACGUGUACCACUCUCCUCUCUCUCAAACAUCACUCAGACAUUGAUGGACACCUUAAAAAAACAAGAGUUUGUGUGUGUUGAUGAAGGGUUGCUCCAGUUCUGUGCAAAUAAGUUAAAACUGCUGCAGCUUUAUGAGUCAGUCAGCAAACUGAAUUCUUUGAGCAUGCAGCCAAGCACUCCGCUCUCUGAUAAUGAUUUGGCUAAACUACUCAGGCUGGAUGAAAAAGAGUUUGCUAGGCUCCAGACGUUAUUGGAAAACUACAAGCAAGAGAACACCCAAACCACCGUUCGAUUUGCUGAUGAUAAAGAUGGUAUAUUGCCUGUGAAAAUGUUCUUGGAGUAUUUAGAAUAUGAAAAAGACAUGAUUCUAGUGAAGAAACUAGAUGAAGGAGAAUAUGUGGCUUUAGGCAGCUUUUUUUUCUGGAAAUGUUUGCGUGGAGAGAGUUCCACAGAGGAAAUGUGCCAUACACUGGAGUCUGCAGGAUUUAGCCCUCAGUUAUUAUUGUCUCUGCUUCUCAAUGUGUGGCUUUCCAAGGAAAAAGAUAUUCUAGAUGAACCACAGUCUGUCUGCUGUCUCCACACUAUGCUGUCCCUUCUGAGCAAAAUGAAAGUUGCCAUAGAUGAGUCAUGGGAUUCUCAGUCAGUUUCCCCCUGGUGGCAGCAAAUGCGCACAGCUUGUAUUCAGUCUGCAAAUAAUGGAGCUGCCUUAUUAUCUGCACACGUUGGGCAUUCCGUAACUGCACAGAUCACUGACAGUAUGGCGGAGAAAAAAUUUUCCCAAACCAUUGUAGGUGCUGACACAGAUUCCUGGGAAGCACUUUCCCUUGAUACUGAAUAUUGGAAACUUCUACUGAAACAAUUGGAAGAUUGUCUGAUACUUCAGACACUGUUGCACAGUAAAGUGAGAGAGAAGACAACCAGAGUAUCAUCUCUACAGGCUGAGCCAACCUGCAGACUCUCUGUAAAGAAGUUGCUUGAAGGAGGGAAAGGAGGCAUUGCUGACAGUGUAGCAAAAUGGAUUUUCAAACAAGACUUCAGUCCCAUGAUACUGAAGCUGGCACAACAGAAAAAAAAGACAGAAAGUAGAGAGGAACCUGUAGAAAUUGACAGGAAUGUUUCCCUUGAGAAACCAGGAGCAGAGUCGGGCAUGGAAACAAUCCUAGAGUUGCUGCAUUUAGCAUAUCAGCAGUUUCCUUGUAGUCUUGAAUUGGAUAUACUACACACGCAUUGUUGUUGGGAAUAUGUAGUGCAAUGGAAUAAAGAUCCAGAGGAAGCACGUUUUCUCAUUAGAUCUAUAGAUCACCUCAGAUGCAUUGUUAAUGCUCACAUACAGCAUGGUAUUGCUCUAAUGAUGUGGAAUACAUUUAUAGUAAAACGGCUCUCUGCUGCUACAUACCUAAUGGACAAGGUUGGAAAAGCUCCGAAGGACAGAUUAUGCAGAAGGGAUGUAGGUAUGGGUGAUACUGCAAUGACAUCUUUUCUUGGCUCAUGUUCAGAUCUUCUUCAAACCUUAAUGGAGGCUGAUGUUAGUAGUGAUGAAAUGCAAGCUCCAGUAUUGGACACAGAAGACGCUUGGCUGUCAGCUGAAGGACCAAUCUCAAUAGUAGAGCUAGCCCUGGAGCAGAAACACAUCCACUACCCACUUGUCGACCAUCAGUCGGUAUUGUGCACUAUAUUAUAUGGAAUCAUGAGGUUUUCUCUGAAGAGUGUGAAACCUCUCUCACUAUUUGACAGUAAGGGCAAAAAUGCAUUUUUCAAAGACCUGACUUCCAUUCAGCUGCUACCCAGUGGGGAUAUGGAUCCAAAUGUAUUAUCCAUACGCCAACAAUUCUUAAUGAAAGCUGUGAGUGCAGUGGUACAAGUACAGUGCUCAGCACAAAAGGCCAGAGGUCUCCCAGAAGAGGCACCACUUCUUUCUGAAAAAGACAAGGACUGGCCAGCUUUAGCUCUGGAUUUGGCACGGCACCUUCAGCUCAGUGAGGAUGUGAUUAGAAGGCAUUAUGUAUGUGAACUGUAUAAUUACGGAAUGGAUCAUCUCGGAGAAGAGGCCAUUCUUCAAGUGCAUGACAAAGAAGUGCUUGCAUCACAGCUACUUGUGCUCACAGGACAGAGACUGGCCUACGCUUUACUACACACACAGACAAAAGAAGGCAUGGAGCUGCUGGCCAGACUUCCCCCAACACUAUGUACCUGGCUUAAAGCUAUGGACCCCCACGAUCUUCAAAAUCUCGAAGUGCCCAUUGCAACAACAGCGAAACUAGUAAACAAAGUAAUAGAGCACUUACCGGAAAACCAUGGGCAAUAUAGCCUUGCCUUGAAUCUGAUAGAGGCUGUAGAAGCAAUCUCUUCAUGACAAUUUACGUACUAGUUUUAAACACAUCUGCUGUAAGAGGAGGUAGUGCAUGAUUUUACACCCUGAGGUUAACCUUUGUGAAGGGAAACACUCAUGUGGCUUUGUAAAAUAAACCAUUUAAAAAGUAAAUGCUUUUAUAAUGGAGCCCAUCUAAGUUCCAUACUAUUGUCCAUCACAUACUAGGAGCUAGUAAUCUUUGUACAUUUGUCAAUAACUCAAGUGCUCCACUAUUUAUUUCUAACUCAUGCACUUGUGCUCUAGCAUAGAUGGUUACAUUUAACUGCAGUUUUAUUCCACUUAACAAAUUAUAUUCUUACUCUAAUGUGAGAUUCUAUAUUUCAUACUCUGAAAAACCAUUAAAUGUGUUUUGCAUAUA